AUGGCACAAUCACCAAAGAUUGCAGUUGAUACGGAUGUCUAUCUGACAGCCAAUUAUGAUGACUGGCAGUCGGAGACAACGUCUAUCACCUCCUCAAUCUAUCAUGGCCUGAUCGAGAAUGGCAGACGGUAUCAAACACUGAGCGACAGGGAAUAUCUAAUUCCAUCGGAUGAUCAAGCAUUUGAGUCCUACGAAGCUGGCCAUUUGCUAGCUCUUGUCUCAGACUCGGACCAAGAGAACCCGCUCUUUAGAGCACCUGUGGGGAAGAACCCCAAGCAUAUCCUCGACAUUGGAACGGGCAAGGCUGACUGGGCUAUUGAUGUUGCCGACAUGUUUCCAUCUGCAACUGUCCGAGGAGUCGACCUUUUUCCACCUCCCGUGACAUGGAUGCCACCCAACUGCAUCCUUGAAGUCGACAACGUCCUAGAAGAAUGGACCUGGAAAGAUGCUCACGACCUAAUCCACAUGCGGAUUAUGAUCGGCUCAUUCGAUGCCGCAGGGUGGGAUCACGUCUACAGAAGCGCCUUUGAAAACCUCCGACCAGGAGGCUGGAUUGAACAACUCGAAGGCUGUCCCUAUAUCUUGUGUGACGACGACAGUCUGCCAGCAGACAGUAUUCUGCGCAGCUGGGGCUCGACUAUGAGCGGGUGUGGUGCCCGCGCCGGACUCUCGCUGGACACUAUUGACACCAUGCGCGGUGCGAUGGAAAAGGCUGGGUUUGUGGAUUUUCAGGAGAAGCCAUACUUGUGGCCGAUUGGGCCGUGGGCUCGCGAUCAGAAUUUUAAAGAGGCUGGUGUGAUUAAUUCCCACCAUUGGCUUUCUGGUAUGGAGGGUUGGUGUAUGUGGUUGCUUACCCAUUUCGGGGCGCCGCAUCCUUGGUCAAAGGAUGAGGUGACGGUUUAUUUGGCCAAGGUUCGGUCGGAGAUUAAGAAUCCGAGAUAUCAUCUUUAUCAGAAAGCACGACGUGUGUGGGCGCGCAAGCCUUUCCCCGGAGAACUUACACCUGACAUGACUCCAAUCAAGGAGGCGUGA